AGGCGGACAUGGUGAGAGACCCGAUGACUCCCUUGGCGCCUGACGACCAGCUGCUUUCAAAGUACCUCUGUUUCCCUUUUGCUGCGUUUCUCAUUGAGGGGCCCAAUGGGAACCAUCGUUGUUUCGUUUAUCCGCUGUUGGGUCCUCGUGUUUCGUCUGUCAUUAGGAUGCUUCCUGCGCCAGAGAGGGCCCUCAAGGUGAUUUGCAACCAGGCUGUUCUAGCAUUAGAUACGAUGCAUCGCGUGGGAAAGAUGUGUCAUGGAGGUUCUUUCUCUCUCUCUCUCUCUCUCUCUCUCUCUAUUUGUUUAUUCUUUCUGACGAAUGAAGAAUUCAAACCAGAUAAUAUCCUCUUGAGACUGGUCGAUACCAACCCUAUCCCAAUGACCAAGCUGUGGGCUGAUCUCGGCGAACCGCAAAGAGUCCCCAUCUUGACCUGCGACGGAGUGGCCCAUGACCGACCGAACGUGCCGCGAUACCUCGUCCGCCCCAUUGACUUCCACGGUAUUGAUCGAAGCUAUAUCCAAGGCAGCAUCGCGCUGAUCGAUUUCGGCUGCAGUUUCAAAAUCGACGGUCCCCAUCGCCGACCGUGGAAAUUCGACACCGCGUUUCCCUAUGCGUCGCCGGAGCUGUCGCUGAAAGACCAGCUAGACGUUGCCAACGACCUCUGGGCGCUCGGGUGCACGCUUUUCGAGCUCCGGACGGGCCGCAUGCUCAUACAAGCAGACCACAGUGAUCAGCACGGAUCCCUUUCCCAGAUGGUUCUCCGGCUAGGCGGGAUGCCUCAGGACCUCUGGACAAGAUGGAGGGUGCGAUCGCGGUACUUUGAGGCUGCGCCGCCGUCGCAUGGCCCGCGGAAACCGCCCCCGACUUUGCCAUCGCUGCAUUCUUCCUCUCUCUCUUCUUCUUCUGGGCCACGGUCUCUUCGCGAUGCAGUCGCCCUCGGUCUGGAAUAUACUCACCCCGACCUGUUGGAGCCUAUCAAACGUGACAUUUCCGAGGAAGAAGUGAUUUCUUUUAUUUCCUGCUUGAACCAGGUUUUGAAAUACGAUCCUGAUAAACGUUUGGCUGCGUGGAAGCUCAGAAAGCAUCCGUGGUUCAGUCUUGCGGCAGACCUCCAACCUUGUGGUAAAAAUUAAUAUUCUUGGUAUUUCGGUUGUCAUCUAGGAAUAGACUUUGCUGUUAUCUGAACGGAUCAUAGGAAUACCAUCAAGAUUGAGAAAUAAACGGUUUCCGCGUAGACCUAGCUCUGCUGGUAAAUGUCG